GAUCACCAGAGACUGCGGACACAGUACAGGGAAUGACCAGAGACUGCGGACACCGUACAGGGGAUGAUCAAGAGACUGAAGACAGUGCAGGAGAUGACCAGAGACAGCAGACAGUACAGGGGAUGACUAAGAGACUGCAGACAGUACAGGAGAUGACCAGAGACUGCAGACAGUACAGGGGAUGACUAAGAGACUGCAGACAGUAUAGGAGAUGACCAGAGACUGCAGACAGUACAGGGGAUGACCAGAGACUGCGGACCUUAAGGGAGGGAGGGGGAGCGGAUGCUGGCACGGGAAGAAGCCGGCGCAGGAAGACUGCGGA